GCUGACGUGUUGCUGUCCCAGCGGCGAUGGCGGACGCUUGGGAAGAGAUCCGGCGGUUGGCGGCCGACUUCCAGCGGGCGCAGUUUGCCGAGGCCACGCAGAGGUUGUCAGAGCGGAACUGCAUUGAGAUUGUGACUAAAUUAAUUGCUCAGAAACAGCUAGAAGUAGUUCACACACUUGAUGGAAAGGAGUAUGUCACUCCAGCCCAAAUUAUUAAAGAGAUGAGAGAUGAACUACAUGUCCGAGGUGGUCGAGUAAACAUUGUUGAUCUACAACAGGUAAUUAAUGUGGAUCUGACUCAUAUUGAGAAUAGAAUUAGUGACAUUAUUAAAUCAGAAAAGCAUGUUCAGCUAGUAUUGGGACAACUGAUAGAUGAAAACUAUUUGGAUCGAUUAGCAGAAGAAGUAAAUGAUAAACUGCAAGAAAGUGGUCAAGUAACCAUAUCAGAAUUGUGUAAAACCUAUGACCUUCCUGGAAGUUUCCUGACACAGGCUUUAACUCAGCGAAUUGGCAAAAUUAUCAAUGGGCAUAUUGAUCUUGAUAACAGAGGAGUCAUUUUUACGGAAGCCUUUGUAUCUCGCCAUAAAGCACGUAUCCGAGGACUGUUCAGUGCUAUUACCCGGCCCACAGCAGUGAAUCCUUUGAUUUCAAAAUAUGGAUUUCAAGAGCAGCUUCUUUACUCUGUGCUCGAAGAGCUUGUUACUAGUGGCCGAUUACGAGGCAAUGUGGUUGGUGGGAGACAGGACAAAGCUGUGUUUGUCCCUGAUAUCUACUCCAGAACACAGAGUACUUGGGUGGAUUCCUUCUUCAGGCAGAAUGGCUAUUUAGAAUUUGAUGCUCUGUCCAGACUUGGAAUCCCAGAUGCUGUAAAUUACAUAAAGAAAAGGUAUAAGACUACACAGCUCUUGUUUUUAAAGGCAGCUUGUGUUGGUCAAGGACUUGUGGAUCAGGUGGAAGCAUCAGUAGAAGAAGCCAUCAGCUCUGGAACCUGGGUUGAUAUAUCACCCCUGCUUCCCAGUUCUAUAUCAGUGGAAGAUGCUUCAAUGUUGCUUCAGCAGGUGAUGAGACUAUUCAGCAAACAGUCUUCAGCUACAGUCUUUAGUGACACUGUUGUAGUCAGUGAAAAGUUUAUAACUGACUGUUUAGAUCGGUUCAGUGAACUUAUGCACCAGAAAGCUGAAAAGGAAAUGAAAAAUAAUCCUGUGCAUUUAAUCACUGAAGAAGAUCUGAAACAAUUCUCCAUUUUAGAAAAUGUUAAUACAAAUAAGAAGGAUAAAAAGGAUGAGCGCAGGAGGAAAGCAACAGAGGGUAGUGGAAGUGUGAGAGGAGGCGGUGGGAGCAAUGCCCGAGAAUACAAAAUUAAAAAAAGCAAGAAGAAAGGAAGAAAAGAUGAUGACAGUGAUGAUGAGUCUCAGUCAUCUCACACUGGAAAGAAGAAGACAGAGAUUACUUUUAUGUUCCAGGAUGAGAUUGAAGAUCAUCUGAGAAUACAUGUACAAGAUGCAUCUGAGGAGUUUAUUUCUGAACUUGCUGAAUACUUAAUAAAACCUCUUAAUAAAGCAUAUCUCGAGGUGGUACGUUCAGUGUUCAUGUCUUCAACUUCUGCUUCUGGAGCUGGCAGAAAACGCACAAUCAAAGACUUACAAGAAGAGGUUUCAAACCUAUACAAUAAUAUUAGAUUGUUUGAAAAAGGGAUGAAGUAUUUUGCAGAUGACACUCAAUCUGCUCUUUCCAAGCACUUGCUGAAGACAGUGUGUACUGACAUCACUAACCUCAUUUUCAACUUCUUAGCCUCAGAUUUGAUGAUGGCAGUGGAUGAUCCUGCAACCAUUACAAGUGAAGUAAGAAAAAAAAUUUUAAGUAAAUUGUCAGAAGAAACCAAAGUAGCUCUCACAAAACUCCACAACUCUCUUAAUGAAAAAAGCAUAGAAGAGUUUCUGUCUUGUUUGGAUUCUGCAGCAGAAGCUUGUGAUAUUAUGGUAAAAAAAGGAGACAAAAAAAGAGAAAGGCAAAUACUGUUCCAGCAUCGACAAGCACUGGCUGAACAGCUAAAAGUCACAGAAGACCCUGCUCUUACUUUGCACCUCACAUCAGUCCUGUUAUUUCAGUUCUCAACCCACAGCAUGCUCCAUGCACCUGGAAGAUGUGUUCCACAGAUCAUUGCUUUUCUUAAUCAUAGGAUUCCAGAGGACCAGCAUACUCUUUUGGUAAAGUAUCAAAGUUUGGUUGUAAAGCAGUUAAUCAGCCAAAAUAAGAAGACUGGGCAGGGAGAUGAUCCCUCAAAUGAUGAGUUAGACAAAGAACAGCAGGAUGUCGCCAAUACUACUCGUAAAGAGCUUCAAGAACUUUCUUUAUCCAUUAAGGACCUUGUUCUGAAACCCAGGAAAUCAUCUGUGACAGAAGAGUAGUGAUCUUCUGUGUGUUACUAGUGAGCAUUUUCUCCCUAUGGUUAAGGUUGAAUGAUCACAAGUAAUAGACAUGGCCCCUACUCUCCUGUCAGCCCUUCGCUACACGGAAUUCAAAUAAAAUAGUGGUGAUGUAUUAAAUGUCAACCUUACAAAGA